UCUCUCUCUCCAACAAUCGCAACUCUCUCUCUCUCUCUCUGUCUCUCUCUCACUCUCGCUUUCUGUGCAAAAUGGAGCCAUGGCUAGACGACUUCACCGACGACCUUCAAAGCCUAAGCUUCACCUCCACAGCCACCACAAACACCACCGCCGACAUCAACCGAAGCACGAGCUCCGGCUCCGAAGCCACACUCACGGCUUCCUUCGGCUCACUCGGCUCCACCUCGACCACCAAACACCACGCGCCUUCCUCCGACCCUUGCUGGUCCGCUAUCAACCGGAUCCGCUCCGAGCUCCAGACCCGCCAACUCUCCCUCUCAGACCUCCGCUUCGUCGCCCGACUCGGCUCCGGCGACAUCGGCUCCGUCCACCUCACCGAACUGAAAACAACCGAAACGAACUGUUGCCUCUUCGCGGCGAAAGUGAUGGACAAGAAGCAACUGGCGAGCCGAAGCAAAGAAGGUCGCGCGAGGACGGAGAGGGAAAUUCUGCAAAUGCUGGACCAUCCUUUCUUGCCCACGCUCUACGCGAGCAUCGACGCGCCGAAGUGGCUCUGCCUGCUGACGGAGUUCUGCCCCGGCGGCGACCUCCACGUCCACCGUCAACGCCAACCGUCUAAACGCUUCGCCGAAUCCGCAGUCAGAUUCUAUGCGUCAGAGGUGGUGGUAGCUCUAGAGUACCUUCACAUGAUGGGGAUUGUAUACCGAGAUCUAAAGCCAGAAAAUGUGUUGAUUCGAUCCGACGGCCACAUCAUGCUUACCGACUUUGAUCUAUCAUUAAAGUGUGACAGCUCUACAUCAACGGCUCAGAUAAUUUCUGAUCAAAACCCACCAAUCGUGGCCCCACAAAAGGACUACUACCCAAUGGAUCCACCUCCAUUCACUUCGUCUUCAUGCAUUAUUCCCAAUUGUAUAGUCCCCGCUGUAUCGUGCUUCCACCCCAAACGCAAAAAGAAGAAGAAAUUGGGCCAUCGAGGUGGGCCUGAGUUUGUGGCCGAGCCCAUUGAUAUUCGGUCCAUGUCUUUCGUUGGGACCCACGAGUAUUUGGCUCCGGAGAUUGUGUCUGGUGAGGGGCAUGGUAGUGCUGUGGAUUGGUGGACACUAGGGAUAUUUAUAUUUGAACUAUUUUAUGGGGUCACGCCCUUCAGGGGCGUGGACAACGAGUUAACCUUAGCUAAUAUCGUGGCUCGAGCCCUCGAGUUCCCAAAAGAACCUGCCUUGCCCGCCACGGCUAAGGACCUCAUAUCACAACUAUUGGUUAAAGACCCGGCAAGGCGACUAGGGUGCACAAUGGGUGCCUCAGCCAUCAAGCACCACCCAUUUUUCCAAGGGGUCAAUUGGGCAUUGUUAAGAUGUACACCCCCACCUUAUAUCCCUCCCCCAUUUAGUAAAGAAGUUCUGUCACAUGAAACUUGUUGUCCUGAGACUUCAGUGGAAUAUUAUUAAGAAGAAAAAAAAGAUCUAAUAAUACAAAGUACAGCUAAUGACUUGAUUGGUCGAAUUUUUGAUUUGAUCGUAGAUUAGAAAGUUUACUAGGAAGUGAGAUAUGGAUGAAUUAUUGGGAGGUUAGAAGAGUUGCUAUCAUACAGAUAGGUAUUGAAAGCCUUGCGAUAAGCAAGGUAGGCAUGAAAUUGAUGGGUAGCAGAUAAAAUUGAACAAGAAUAUUUUUGGUUUCUCAAUCUCACACGAUGAUAGCGACAACCGGUUGUCAACUUCCUAUUUCCAUUUUGUUUUAAUAUUUUGUGUCUUUGGAAAAUAAAAUUCCUUUGGUGGUUUAUAGGGCUAUAGAAAUCAUUGUCAACGCUAGAGUGUGGAAACUUUGGAUCCCGACAACUUAAAACAUAAACAAUGAUAUUGACUUCGGGGAUGGAUGAUAUUGAAAAAGCCGGUGGCACCGCGUAGUUGGUUGUCCGCCGAUCGCGGGGGCGGAGCCAUGCCCAAGGGCAUGCAUCGUGCUGGGUUGUGUGUUUGCUUGCGAAGAACAGGUCCCCACCACGUGAUCUGCUUUGUGCAAGGAAAAAAAUGUGGGGCUGGGCACAGUGCUCAGGAUAGCCAGUCUUUAGUUUGUUUUCUUUUUGGUGAUACGCAUGAUACUUGUCCUCGUUCACUGUAGUAUCGUUUAAAAGAAAAAAUGAAAAGAAAAAAAAAAAA